AUGGCGACGACAUCAUCGAGCAGCCUUGACGCUGCGAGACCAAGACGGCACGAAGUCGAGAUCUAUGCACAUGCUCUGCGCACACGGCUCCAGUUUGCCUCGUUCAAGGCGUUGAACGGUGUCGGCAAGACGUCGCUCUCGGACCUCACAUCAUCCACACUUACUCCCGUACAACCACUGGCACCGAGUCUCGCAUCCAACAAUCAGAUCGUAGAUCAACCACACACCAGCUCUUCACCGGCGUCUACACCAGCACUAUCUCAAGGAGAGUCGCUGCCUUCUUCCUCGCAGUCGUCGACUCGCUCCACCCGAUCUAUCUACCUCGACAUCUUUGGCACCGACUUUCGUGCCUCCUCCACCACCACCACGCCGUCCUCUUCCAAGGGGUUGUCUCGUGCCACUUCCUUCGCUUCCACCUCUACACCGACGAAACGUGCCUCUUCUUCUUCCAACACCACGUCAACCUCCACCUCCACCCGCUCUCUGCUCGACAAAGCGGCGUCAUCACCCCAGCUCGGAUCGCCAGAGAGGAAGAACGGUCGCUUCGACUGGCACAACAACCCCACCCCAGCCAUGGUAGCACACGAAACCAAGCUGGCUACCGGGCAACCCUUCGCACUGCCCACCGGAUCGCCCUCCAAACGUCGCAGGGAGGAGAGCAACAACGCCUCCCCGACCAACCCUCUGCUCAACACCCCUCGCCGAUCUCGAAUGCAGAGCAGCGGGUUCCUCCCCAACGGUCACCCGGCGUCUUCGCUUGCGCAGGAUUUGGGCCUGACUGCGCCGCGUACGCCUCGCUCGCGCCAUGCGUCGGGUCGACACGUGUUUGCGAUCCAACCUCAACCGUUGGGUGGUGAGCAGGAUCAGGUGGAGCGGGAUCGCGUUGCGAGCACGUUGGCUGCGCUGGCCGAGGCGAGGAAUGCCGCCAGCAGCGGCUCGGAUUCCAGUUCCGGUAGCGAUCGACCGCACACACCCCCUCCGCCUUCGGCAAAGCAGCAGCAGGGUCUGGGGAUCGGGUUCGCCAGCCCAUCCAUCCGACGCAACAGCACCUUCGCCCAGCCACACGGCCAUAAGAGGCACAAGCGUAACGUCUCGUGGAACGUACUACCCGUCGACCUGCAGGACGAGCAGGAGAGCAUCAGCAGGGCGCAAGACGACACGCCCGCCGCGCAAGGUGAAGAAGACCGAGCGGCGGCGGAUUACCUCUUGUUCCUGGCGUCCAGUCCAUCGCCGUCUUCGAUCAAGCGGUUUAGUGGGGAUGGAGAUGCGGGGGAGGCGGGUGGAAUGCUAUCUACGCCUGCGCAGGUUUCGUUGUGGGAUCCGUUCCAGAGCAGCAACGGCAGUGGUGAUGGAAGGCGGAGUAGGAUGCAGAGCCAUGCAGGAGGACCGAGGCAUACGAAUUUGAGCUUCGCUGGUCCUUUGACUCCGCCGCCUUCGGCACGAAAGCUGUCGAAACCUCACGACGAAGCGAUGGUGGGGUUGGGUUUCGACGUCCAAACGCUCUCAUCUACACCCAGCAAGCCCUCGGCCAACGCACACGAGUACAUCCAACAACGUCGGUCCUCCACCACCGUCACCCCGACGUCCCCACGCACACCUCCGCCGGAGCUAUCGCACAAACGACGACGAAGCAUCACGCGCGAGUUCGGAGGUGGCGGCGAGACACCAGGUGCACCGGGAGGCGAGCAGACGUUCAGCUAUGCGGAUUUCGUCAAUGUUUCCCCCAGCCCUCAGCCGCCGAGCACCGCGAGGUUUGCCGGUCUCGACUGUGCGAGGGGGUUGAGGACUCCGACCAAGGUCGAUCGAUGGACGUUUGAUCGACAGUGA